CCAUUUUGGCUCAAGCCAGGCUUGCCAAAGUGUGCCGCGCAAUUCAUGUGGUGCUCAUCAUGUCUGCUUGCAUCUUGUCCUGGCCCGCGGCUCUGCUGACUGCUAUUGCGCUCGUGGCGCGAUGUCUGGUGGUCGCCUCUCAGAUCGUGGUUCAUCAACUUCUCGUCGUCUUCUCGGGGAGGGAGUUCGCGUCCACUGCACAUGCCAUCGCCUCCCUCCGUAGGGGGCACGCUGCUGGGUUUGUGGAUGUCCUGCUCUACCUGAAUGCGCUGGCCAACAGGGCGAAGCACGCGCGCUUCCUGCUCCUUUUCGACUUCUGCGCGCGGAGGCGCCCAGAACGCGGAAGGCGGCACUUCAAUGGUCGGUCUCUCUCGACCUUGAAUGUUGUCCCCGAGGAUUUCAUUUUCUACGAUGUUGUGGAACCGGUUGCAAUUCGUCUUGCUGAGCUUCUUCCUGUUCGGCCAUCGCGGCAGGCUGCUUCGAAGUCUUCUGGUCGAUCGCCGGUUGUUAUUCGAUUGGCAGAUCUAAUUGAGUGCAGAGUCGCUGCUCCAGGCAUGGACAAAGCUGCUCCUGAAUUAUUUCCUAAUGUUGGUUCUGCAUCUUUGGUUGGUAAAGCUACGAAUUCUGGCACGGAUUGCACACAUGAAUUGAAUUUGUUAGUUGACGCUCAAAAUGCCACUAUUGCAAUGCUGGUGCACCAAUUGGAGAUUCUAAGCGUGGGGACAGCCCCAGUCGUGGACCUCGCCGCUCAAAUCCAGAGCAAUACGCAGGAUGUUCGGACCUUGCGUUUGUCGCUCGGUGCGGCGGUGGAGGCUUCCCUGGACAAGCGCCUGCCUUCCAAGGUGAUAGCUCAGGUGGACAACAGGCUCAAGGACACGCUCGAGCAGGUCACGCUUGACGUCCAGGCUUCUCUGGACAAGUCUUUUUCGGCCCUGUCGGCUGCUGUGAAGGCCCCCCUGGGUGAUGAAGGGAAGCAACUUCGCACCGAGCUGGAGGAGAGGCUUGCGGCAGUGAAGCUAGACAUGACCAGGGAUAUGGCCGCACUGGGGGAGUCGACCUUGCCGAGUGGAUCCGCCCUCCUUGUCGAUUCGCUGGCCGUGAGGCCGUCAGAGGAGCCUUCGAUCGUCGAGUAUAAGAAGAUGGUUGAGGCAGAUGGCAGGAACACGACCGAGGAGACCAUGAGCUGCCACGAUGGAUGGACAGAUUCGCAGGGUUCCCAGCUCGUGUCUGGCGGCUCGGUCGUCACGUGCCACCUCACUGCCGAGGCCCUGAAUAAUAAGAAUGGCUCGAUCGUCAGCUUCGCGGGCGACCGCGUGCGCGUGCGGCUCGGUGCGGACCCUGUGUGCAAGCGCAUCAAGCCUGCCAACCUGCUGGUGAUCGCGGACGCACCUGCCCAGAAGGUGCGCCACCAGAAGGAGGUCGUCUGGGCGACGUCGGAGCAGAUCGACGCCAUGCUCCAGCGGGAUGGUCUUACGCCGACUGGACUUCCGACCACAGCGGGUUCGGCCCGCCUAUCUACUACUUCUUCUGUGGGCCCCCGUGCGGCCUCUCUCGAAAGCUAA